AGCGCAGCAAUGCAGGCGGGUGAGGAAAAUGGCCGCACCACCACAACAACGAGUUGAGAGAAAGCCGCGUUGCCGGGCCAAUACAACUCCACGUUGACAGCCGACGUAACGGCAGCAGUUCUGCACCAUCAACCGCGGUUCGCACCGAUCAGUUGGUCGACACGGCUCGACGCCCGAAGCGCCAAGAAGCGAAUACGCCAUUCUUACGAGCCGUCGGGUUGGCUCACGGAAAUAUUAGUGGCUGCCGUCGGCGAAACUUUGUCCCACGAGGCGAGAAACUUCAACUGUGAAAUCAGGACAACGUGAAGCGACCAGGAGAGAAAGAGUAUUGACGUAAGAAGAUGGUUGCUCAAUGGACCUUAUAAGCGAGCUUGGCCUCAGCAUGGAUGUCCCCGUCCUGCUUUUCUUUGACGCUUUCACCUUGAGUACGAUGAAGGACAAAGAGAAGAAUGUUUCCGAUGAUGCGUCUUACGCACUUCAGGACGGCCCCACUAGUAGUUUGGAAGAAAUGACAAACACGAAGCAAGACGCAAUGCUACAACUGCGCGAACUCAUUGCAGGUGAAACCCGACUCCAUUGCCCUACAAACGACGCUUUUCUCGGCAAGUUUCUGCGAGCUCGAGAUUACAACGUCGAGUGCUCGUUCAAGAACAUCAAGAACUACUUCAAAGUACGAAGCGACUGCCCCGAAUUAUUUGACAGGCUGGAUCCAGAUUCUGCUUUCUUCGACACCAUUUGUCGUGAGCACAAGCUAGUUACAGUGUCUCGGAAAAAAGACCCCAAAGGAAGGGCCGUUAUUUCGUUGAAUCUUGGAGCUUGGAACACCAGCAUCUGUUCAUUGAAUGACUUUUUCCGAGCCGGUAUAGUUCACGUCGAACACGUUCUCUUUGAUGAAGAAGUUCAAGCCGACGGUGUCGUGUUUGUGAUGGACUUUAAGGACCUUGGCAUCUACCAUUUGACCCAGUUCACGCCACCAGUCAUCAAAAGGCUCUUCAGGCUUCUGCAGGAUUGCUUUCCAUUGCGGAUAAAAGGAAUAUAUGUAAUAAACAAUCCCACUUUAUUUGAUAUCCUGUUCGCAAUCGCCAAGCAUUUCAUGAAAGCCAAGCUGGUCAGCAGGACUGUAAUUUUCGGCACUGACUGGAAGAAACUGCGAUACCUGGUACCGGAUGACGUCAUUCCCGAGGAAGGUGGUGGCACGCUCGGAACCUACGACUACGACGCUAUGGAAAGGAACUUGAAGAGCAGCACCGAAUACUUCAGGGAAAUGAGUAGCUACGGAUAUCUACACAAGCCGAAUGUAUGUGCAGAUUCUGAAGGAUCCGAAGAAGAGGAACAUACUGCGUUGUGAAUAGUAUGGCAGUCACUUUGUACAGGGAGUAACUUGCGCCUUCGUUUUUUCUUGCUCUGACGUUCGGCAGGCUCUGUUUGUGCACAAGUUUGCAGGGUAAACCUACUUUAUGGGGUCGUGACUUACUUGCAUGUGACGUCUUGCGCGAAUGAAUAAACGUUCCGCCGAAGCUAGCAUAUGUCAGAGAAAAGAACAAACUCAUCUCAAACAGUCGCUGGUUCAUCUUUGUGUGAAAAGCACGUUUGUUCAAAAAAAAAAUAAUAAUAAGUGCAUGGGUGA